ACCCAGAGAGGAAUGUCUUUAUCUCCAACAUCAGAGGGAGAAGAAGAGCUGAGCACUGAGAAAGAACAUCAGAAGGUGCCUUCUUGUGAAAUAUGUGGAAAACGUUUCAUUCAGCAGAGGUACUUGGCUGAUCACAUAAUUAUUCACACGGGUGCAAAACCGUUCCGGUGUGGGACUUGUGGAAAAUGGUUCACCAGGAAAACUACCUUGAAUUUUCACAUGAGAAUCCACACCGGUGAGAAGCCAUAUACCUGUGAAGUCUGCAGUAAGUCGUUCAGCUACAGCAGUGGUUUGGUUCGUCACCUGAGAAUCCACACGGGUGAGAGGCCGUUUUUGUGUCAGACCUGUGGAAAAAGCUUCGCCGAUGGAGGUAGCCUAAGCACUCACAUCAAAGUUCAUCUGGUAGAGAAACCAUUUCCAUGUAGAUCUUGUGAUAAAUCUUUCAGAAACAGCCGAGAUCUGGUUCGUCACUCCACACUCCACACAGGCGAGAAACCGUUCUCGUGUGGAUUGUGCGGAAAGAGCUACCCAAGUAGAGGCAGCCUGAAAACACACUCCAAAGUCCACAUGCAUCAGAAGCCAUUUGUGUGUGAGCUGUGUGCUAAAACUUUCACAAACAGGACUAACUUGGUCCGCCACAGGAGGACUCACACAGGCGAGAAACCGUUUUCCUGUACAGCAUGUGGUAAAUUUUUUAGUGACAAGAGCACUCUAAUUAGACAUGUGAGAAGUCACACAGGCGAGAAGCCAUUUUCCUGUAAUUUUUGUGAAGUGUCUUUUACGGACAACAGUCAACUGACCCGUCACCUGAGGACCCACACAGGAGAGAAACCAUUCUCGUGUGUGACCUGUGGGAAGAAGUUCUCCAAACCGUACAGUCUGACUAUGCACUUCCAGACUCAUACAGGCGAAAAGCCGUUCUCCUGUCAACAGUGCGGUAAAUUAUUCACUGCCAGAUGUAAGCUGACUGCACAUAUAUGUAGAAAUAAACCUUAGAAAGAUGUUA